AUGCAGAUGAAUCCUACAUGCCACACAAAGACACUUGAAUAUUUCACAUUUGUAAAUGACGAUUAUGAUGAAGAUCCUGAGUUAACAAUUAGAGAUGAUAUGAAUCAUGGGAAAAAGACUUACCGGGAAUCAAGCCAAACUCUAAUUAUCCCUCUGGGUGUCACCAAUACUAAAAAUCCAAUGCCAUGUCAGCAGCAUCGAUAUCCUCUGCAUAAAAGAAACCAGUAUAUUUUCCCUAUCAUAGCAAGCACGGAUAAUCCAAAUAAAAGGACAAGCUUACCGCUUAUCUCGAUCAGUUACAGCACCACGGACCCAGCACUCAAUGACAGGAUCCAGUUUCCAUCAUUCUACAGAACUAUCCCCAAUGAGGAGGCAGAAAUUGAUGGGAUUGUGCAGAUACUGAAGCACUUUGGCUGGAAAUGGGAAGGAGAGAUUCCCGGCUUUGAGCAGUUUUUCCAUCGAUUUUCUCCUAAUCGCUACAAAGAUGAUUUAACUAUAAAUACCUGGGCAUGGUUAUUUGGCUGCAAUUUUCCAAGACGUGUCAGUGUUAGACUUCAGACAGGUGAAAUGGCUAAAGACUGCACAGGGAAUGAGACUCUCAGUGAUGCAGAUCUAAAUAAAUACAUCCGUAAUUUGACUUUUACAACAUCUACUGGUGACACCGUCUUCUUUAAUGACAAUGGAGAUCCCCCUUCUGCUUUUGAUAUAGUCAAGUGGUUUUUCCUGCCAACUGGUCGAGUUAUGAGACAAAAAGUUGGAAAAUUUUAUCAAUUAAACAGUGAAAAACAGUUUUAUAUAAAUAGCAGAGAUGAAGUAUGGGGUCCUUAUUUCAAAAAGAUUCCUACAUCUCAAUGCAAUGAACCCUGUUCCCCAGGAUACAGGAAAUCUAAAAUAGAAGGAAAACCAUCAUGUUGUUAUGACUGUAUCAAGUGUGCAGAUGGAGAAAUGUCCAACAUAACAGAUGCAGCAAAUUGUGUGAGAUGUUCUGAGUAUCAGAAGUCUAAUACCGAGAGAACUGAAUGUCUUCUUAAAGCUGUAAACUUCCUUUCCUAUACAGACACAAUGGGAGUCAGUUUUACUUCCAUUGCCUUGAUCUUUUUCAUCAUAGCUUCCACAGUUUUGGGAAUCUUUGUGAAAUACUGGGGCACUCCAAUAGUGAAAGCUAAUAACCAAAAUCUCAGUUGUAUCCUCCUCAUCUCUCUCAUGUUGUGUUUCCUCUGCACUUUAUUAUUCAUUGGACGCCCAACACAAAUAUGUUGUCUUCUCCGACAAGUAACAUUUGGAAUUGUAUUUACUAUUUCUGUUUCUUCUAUACUGACUAAAACUCUCACAGUUAUUAUUGCCUUCAAUGCCACUAAGCCUGGGAGCAAGCUGAAGAAGUAUGUAGGAACCAAAGUGCCCAUUGUGUUAGUUAUAAUAUGCUCUCUGGGUUCAUCUGUCAUCUCUGCUGUGUGGAUGGCUUCUCACCCACCCUUUUAUGAGGCUGAUACAUUUUCAGAAAUGGACACAGUUAUUUUAAUGUGUAAUGAAGGAUCUGUAUCCCUUUUCUUUUGUGUUAUUGGAUAUAUAGGAACAUUGGCCCUAUUAAGUUUCAUUGCUGCAUUUCUAGCCAAGGAUUUUCCGGACCGAUUUAAUGAGGCUAAAAACAUCACUUUCAGUAUGUUGGUGUUCUGUAGUGUGUGGGUGGCAUUUGUCCCUGUAUACCUGAGCAGUAAGGGGAGUAGAAUGGUGGCAGUUGAGAUAUUUGCCAUCUUAUCCUCUAGUGCUGGAUUAUUGGGCUGUAUAUUUGUCCCUAAAUGUUAUAUUAUUUUUCUUCGACCUGAAAUAAACACAAGAACAUUUUAGAUAAAUCCUUUUGCUUGAUAUUUUGUCCUCCUUCAGGAAGCACAAUAUUCAUUCCUUUGCAGGUACCAUAGAUAUAGCAGAAAUAGUAAAACCAUGGGAUAUAUUCUAUAUUUGACAGACAAGAAUGUGCCUAUAUAGAUGGAGCAAAGUUUUGACACAGCAACUUUUUGUUCACGGAUCCACACACACGCAAAUUUCUGCAGUGGGGAAAGUGCCCCUUCUUUAU